CCCAGCUGGGUUUGGGGUUUGGGUUUUGGGAACGGCAGAACGCCGCGGAGCUGGUCGUUACCCCGCUCUGUUUCGCUUAGACGCAGUUGCUUUCCUGGUGUGAGGAGGUCUCCUAGCAGCCGCCCUGCUUUAGUGCUUUCAGCGCUGGUACUGUGAUGUACAGCCCUGAAGAGUUCCCCCCUAUUCAUUUUUUUCCCCUGCAGAAAUGAAUCUCAUUAUGGAAAGUGCAAAGCUUUAUAAAGGGAUAAAGUUUGAAUUUUAUGGAGUGUAAUUUUGUGUAUGAAUCACAUUUUUAAUAUAUAGUUUUCAUAAAGAAAGCUAGUAAAUUCUGGUACAUUCUGUGUAAACAUUGAUUCUAUUGGUAAUAUAGUGUUACGCAUUUGUGAUAACAAAAGAGCUGUCUUGAUAAAUUGAUUCCUCAUUUAUCAUGACUGAUACCAUAUCUGAAUGGUCCUUAAAUGAAAAUCAGUUUAUUUAAAAUUUUUAAUGCAAUAUAGAAAGUGUGUGUUGUGGAAAUUUUAUGGCUGAUUUUAUGGAGAAAAUACCGUCAGUUGACCAGGUAUAAUAAAGAGAUAUACAGAGUUAAGAAGAAAGACAAGGUGAUACUGCAGGAAAUAGAAACAAAAUAGAUAAUGUUUAGCAAAGGUAGACAAGUUAACAGUGAGCUUUAAACAACAUUCAUUUGACAUCUCUUAUAACAGGUGUGGGACACAAUAAGGCUUUGGGUGUUGACUUCCCCAAAAGUUGUUGGCUGAAGCUAAUAUAACCCACUUAAGUUUAUUCUGUGAUAAGUUGUGUGCAAUUAGCUUUUAAAUAAUGUGACCCUUUGAAAAUUUUAAUUACUUAUUUGCUAGAAUAAGAUGGGAUUAUUUUGGAUUUCACAAUAAAGUGCUUGUAAAGGGAAAAAAGCCUAAAUUUAACUUUACUUUUGUGGCAUAAUCAGUAAUUGUCCUUAUAUCUAGACUUUAUAGCUUGUAACCAAAAGCAAAUUAAAAAACAUAAUUUAGGUAUUCUAUAGUUACUUAGAAUUUUGAGAAUAUAAACUUCUUUGAAAAAUAGUUUUAAUAUCUUUAUAAGUGUAAACUUUUUUCAGGCCUUUAAGUCAGUUAUUAUACCAAAUUGUGAGCAAAUAGCGUGUAGGUUACUUAAAAGUGUUAAUAGAAUCCCAAAGUACUCAGAAGUAUCUUGGUAAUUUAGGAGAAAUAUAAAUCUAGUAAAGAAGGUAUGGUGGUUCAACUAAAUAGAAGUCUUUGAUUUCUUUUUGUGGCAAAAAGUGACAAGAAAUUGUAUGUGAAAGUUUUAGUCAUCAAAAAGUACUUCUUUCUACUCAUGCACAAAACUACCUCCAAAGAGUUAUCCAAGAUCCCUUGCAUCAAAAAAUAAGGAGUAUAAUGGAAGACAGCACAAUCUUGUCAAAUUGGACAAAUAACAACAAACAAACAAUGAAGUAUGAUUUUUCAUGUGAGCUCUACAGAAUGUCUACAUAUUCAACUUUCCCCAUCGGUGUUCCUGUUUCAGAAAGGAGUCUUGCUCGUGCUGGUUUUUAUUACACUGGUGUGAAUGACAAAGUCAGAUGUUUCUGUUGUGGCCUGAUGCUGGAUAAUUGGAAACAAGGAGACAGUCCUAUUGAAAAGCAUAAACAGCUAUAUCCUAGCUGCAGCUUUAUUCAGAAUCUGGUUUCAGCUAGUCUGCAAGCCACCUCUAAGAAUACCUCUCCAAUGAGAAACCAUUUUGCACAUUCAUUAUCUCCUAGUUUGGAACGGAGUGGCUCAUUCAGCGAUUCUGUUUCCUGCCUUUCACCAAAUCCUCUUAAUUCUAGAGCUGUUGAAGACUUCUCUCCUCUGAGGACUAACCCCUAUAGUUAUGCAAUGAGUACUGAAGAAGCCAGAUUUCUUACUUAUAAUAUGUGGCCCUUAACCUUUUUGUCACCAUUGGAAUUGGCGAGAGCUGGCUUUUACUAUGUAGGACCUGGAGAUAGGGUAGCCUGCUUUGCCUGUGGCGGGAAGCUAAGUAACUGGGAACCAAAGGAUGAUGCUAUGUCAGAACACAGGAGACAUUUUCCCAACUGUCCAUUUUUGGAAAAUUCUCUAGAAACACUGAGGUUUAGUAUUUCAAAUCUGAGCAUGCAGACACACACAGCUCGAAUGAGAACAUUUAUGUACUGGCCAGCUAGUGUUCCAGUUCAGCCUGAGCAGCUUGCGAGUGCUGGAUUUUAUUACGUGGAUCGCAAUGAUGAUGUCAAAUGCUUUUGUUGUGAUGGUGGCUUGAGAUGUUGGGAAUCUGGAGAUGAUCCAUGGGUAGAACAUGCCAAAUGGUUUCCAAGGUGUGAGUUCUUGAUACGAAUGAAAGGGCAAGAGUUUGUUGAUGAGAUUCAAGCUAGAUAUCCUCAUCUUCUUGAACAGCUGUUGUCAACUUCAGAUACUACUGGAGAAGAAAAUGCUGAACCAAUUGUUCAUUUGGGACCUGGAGAAAGUUCUUCAGAAGAUGCAGUCAUGAUGAAUACACCUGUGGUUAAAUCUGCUUUGGAAAUGGGCUUUAGUAGAAGUCUGGUAAAACAGACAGUUCAAAGUAAAAUCCUAACCACUGGAGAGAAUUAUAAAACAGUUAAUGAUAUUGUAUCAGCACUUCUUGAUGCUGAAGAUGAAAGAAGAGAAGAGGAGAAGGAAAGACAAGCUGAAGAAAUGGCAUCAGAUGAUUUGUCAUUAAUACGGAAGAAUAGAAUGGCUCUUUUUCAACAGUUGACAUGUGUCCUUCCUAUCUUGGAUAAUCUUUUAAAGGCCAACGUAAUUAAUAAACAGGAGCAUGAUAUUAUUAAACAAAAAACACAGAUACCUUUACAAGCAAGAGAACUGAUUGAUACCAUUUUAGUUAAAGGAAAUGCUGCAGCCAACAUCUUCAAAAACUGUCUAAAGGAAAUUGACUCUACAUUAUAUGAGAACUUAUUUGUGGAAAAGAAUAUGAAGUAUAUUCCAACAGAAGAUGUUUCAGGUCUGUCACUAGAAGAACAGUUGAGGAGAUUACAAGAAGAAAGAACCUGCAAAGUGUGUAUGGACAAAGAAGUUUCUAUUGUGUUCAUUCCUUGUGGUCAUCUGGUAGUAUGCCAGGAGUGUGCCCCGUCUCUAAGAAAAUGUCCUAUUUGCAGGGGUAUAAUCAAGGGUACUGUUCGUACAUUUCUCUCAUAAAAGAAUAGGCUAUAUUUUAGUCUUUACCAAAAAGCCUUUAAGGUGUUGUUGAACAUUGCAAGCCAUCUAAAAUUAAAACAAGGAAUGUUUGGUUCUUUAUUUAGUAACAUUUAUGUUCUAUUCUAUUUAGGUAUGAAUAAUCUUAUUUCAAAAAGAGAUAGUAUUGUAUAUUUAAUCUUAAUCCGUUUAGUUUUAAGAGAAGACUUGUUUUUCAUGAACUAAAUCAGUAUGUAAGUGUGAACACAGGAAGAAUUAAAGGAGUAGUGUCAGUGUUGUUAUGGGUCAUUUCAGGAGUUACUGGAUUUGGUAUUUAUGAAAGCUUUGAGUACUACAUUACAGUAUAGUUGAAAAACUGUAAAUUAGUAACACUGGAAUUCAUCAGAGUUGUUGACAGAUUCUUUGGUGCUUUUUACUUGUUUUGUUAAGUAAGGAUUUUUCUGUUACUGAUAAACAAUAUUUCCCCUAACCUGUGAGAAACAAUAAAAUGCUUUAUAAUUA